AUGCAGAUUCACGCUACCGCCAUUAUUGCUGCCCUUCUGCCCACCCUGGCGUUGUCUUGCUCCACCUACGGCUCUUGUAUGUGUCAAAAUGCCGACAACAGCGCCAACAACGCAGCUACCAAGAAAAUUUGUGCCAACUUUGCAGGAAAUUAUAUCUCGUCGCCUAGCAAUGGCCGCGAUUACUGCUCGAUUGGAGUAGCUAACGUCGGUAUUGGUGGAGGGGUAGCCCUAUUCUUUAACAACUGCCGCUGGAGAACCGCGUGCAACAACAUUGGAGCUGCCGGUGACUCUAGCUGCUGGGCGAAGCAGUAA